AAUUUGAAUGAAAUACACGAGAUUUCUUUAUGUUUUAUAUUCAAGAAAAGAGUAGACUUUGACAAAUCAAAGAGAAGUGUAAUUCCCAGCCGAGCUAAGCCAACAGUGUAUACUUACUACUUCCUUCUUCACAAGUCCAGCAGAGCAGGAAACAAGAUUACCUUUGAUUGUUUCAAUGGUGGAUGUUGCUAUCUCAAUUGUGGUUACUGUUGUUGAACAUUUGGUGGGACCUACAAUACGCGGAGGAAAAUGUCUUCUUUGCGUUAAAAAAUUUAUUAGGGAUCUUGAGAAUGAAAAGAAGGAUCUUGUAUUUGAAAGAGAUAACUUGUUUGGUCUUAUUGAACAAGCCAAGCAUAGAACUGAAGAAAUUGAGAAACCAGUGGAACAGUGGCUAAAUGAUGUGAAAAAGCUACUUGAAGAAGUGGAAGAUUUAGAACAAAGAAUGACAGAAAAUACUAGUUGCUUUCAAGGAACGUGUCCAACUUGGAAAAGAUAUCGUUUAUGCAAGCAAAUGGUAAAGAAGAUAGAGGCAAUAGGAAAAUUCAAAGGAAAAAGCAAAAAUAUUCAGCCGUUUUCUCACCGUGCUCCUCUUCCUGGCAUACAAUACGAAUCAUCAGAGAAUUUUACUUAUUUUGAAUCAACAAAAGUGGCUAACGAUCAAAUAUUGAAGGCACUUCAAGAUGAUGACAUCUACAUGAUAGGAGUGUAUGGAAUGGGUGGAACUGGGAAAACCACUCUUGUAAAUGAAGUGGGUAAAAAGGUUGAAGCAUUGAAGUUUUUCGACAAGACUAUAUUAAUUACAAUGUCUCAAACUCCGAAUAUUAGAGACAUACAAGGAAAAAUAGCUGAUGUUUUAAAUUUGAAAUUGGAGGAAGAAAGUGAUGAGGGAAGAGCACAACGUCUGUGGUUAAGUUUGAAAGAAAACAAGCGGAUUCUCAUAAUAGUAGACGAUUUGUGGAGAGAGUUUAAUUUGAAUGACAUAGGGAUUCACUUAGACAAUAAUAACAAAGGUGCAUGGAAGAUCCUUAUAACCACUCGUAAUCAACAUAUAUGUGAUUUGAUGCACUGUCAAAAGAAGAUUCAUCUAGGACUCUUAUGCGAAGAUGAGUCUUGGACAUUGUUUAAAAAACAUGCACAUAUUGAUGAUAGUUUAUCCAAGUCAUUGGAUGGUGUGCCACAAAAAGUUUGCCUUGAAUGUAAAGGACUACCUAUAGCAAUUAAAGCGGUGGGAUCUUCUUUAAAAGGAAAAUCCAUUGCUGAUUGGAAGGUGGCGUUUCACAUGUUGACACAUUCAGAGGCCGUUGACGAUCACGUGGAAGGAGUGGGAGCUGCUUUAAGUUGUCUUAAAUUAAGCUAUGAUUAUUUAUCAGACAAACAGAAGCUUAUCUUCUUAAUGUGUUCGAUGUUUCCAGAAGAUUAUAAAAUCUCAAUAGAAGAUAUGAUCCGAUAUGCAGUCGGACUUGGACUAGGAGGAAGAUUUUCGCUAGACUCAGCAAGAGAUGACAUUGAAGCAACGAUAAAUAGACUUUUGGAAUCAUGUUUGUUGAUGUAUGCUAGGGAAAGCAAAGAGUACGUGAAGAUGCAUGACACAGUUCGUGACACAGCCUUAUGGAUUGCAAAGAGACUAGAGAAUCACAAAAUUGUGGUAAAUGUUGACAAACCAGUUAACACCUUGGAAAGGGAUGAUUUUAUAAGAGAUUGUUAUGCUUUAUCCUUAUGGUAUCCCAAGCAAGAUCAAAACUUUCAUCAAUUGCGUGCUCCAAACCUUGAAAUUAUAUUUCUACACUCUAGGAGGUGGAAGUCCUUUGAUUUAUCGCAUGCAACCUUUCAAGGAAUAAAAGGGCUGAAGGUUUUGUCUCUAAUCAAUAAUGGAUCUGGUCAUCCAUCAUUAUCAUUGCCUUCUUCAACCCAUUCAUUGACGAAUCUUCGAACUCUGCGCUUGAAUGGAUUGAAGUUAGAUAACAUAUAUUUCAUAGAAAGCUUAACAGGACUUGAGGUUCUUGACUUGCAACGUUGUAUUCUCAAUGAACUUCCUAACAGAAAAGGAAAACUCAAAAGAUUGAAGCUUCUUGAUUUGUCACGUUGUCGUUUUCUUCAAGACAAAUAUAAUGCAGCAAUAGGUAAAUGUUCACAAUUGGAAGAGUUAUACGCUUCCAAAUGCAUGCCUAAAGAGUACCUUUAUCAGAGUGUUAUGGAUAUUAUUACUCUCCCAAUGCUGCAAAGGUUUGUAAUACAUACUACUAACCUCACUAGAGAUUUUUCAAAAAACUCGAGACAUUUAGAAGUCAUGGAUUUGAAUAUUUCCAACUUGAAGGCUUCUAAAAAGAAUCUUCUUCAAAUAGCCGAAACAGUUCAUUUGAUACACCUUCAUGGAGGAUGUAAAAAUAUCAUGCCAGACAUGAUUGGAGUUAUGGGAGGUUUGAGUUGUUUUACAUGUCUCUGCCUUGAGGGUUGCCCAGAGAUAGAAUACAUCUUCAAUACAACCUCUGAUUCAGAGGUAAAAUGUUUGGUUCCCAAGUUAGUGGAAUUAGUAUUGUUGGAAUUGGAAAACUUAGAAGAAUUGUGUCGUGGUCCCCCACUACAAGUGCUAAGCUUCUUUGAGAAAUUAGAAAAACUUGAAAUACAACAGUGCAUGAAGCUACACAUCAUAUUUCCAUGGGAAUGUAACUUACAAAAUCUUAAAAUCCUCAAAAUAGCAAACUGUACAUCUGGUGAAGUGCUCUUCUCAAUGUCAGUUGCUCACAGUUUACAACAACUAGAAGUGCUAGAAGUAGCACAUUGUGAUGAAUUGAAGCAUAUAACUGCCACUGGAAGAGAACAUGGUUCUAAUUCAGGCAAUGAAAUAGUUCAGACUCCUGUAAAGAGUUCACAUUUUGUGAUGUCUAGAUUGAAGAAACUUCACAUUUCUUAUUGUAAGAAGUUAGAGUCAUUAUUACCAAUAUGUUGUGUUGAAGGACUUGCACCACUAGAAGAGAUACAAAUAAUUCGGGUUCCCAUGUUGAAACUUGUAUUUGGUGCAUGUGAUCACCAACAUCAUUCAUCUCGCCAAUACCCGAACCAGAACAUGCAUCCUUAUUUGAAACUUCUCAAACUCACAAAUCUUGAUAAUCUAAUUGGUGUAUGUCCUGAAAACAAUUGUGAAAAGUGGCCAUCUUCGACAGCACUAAUUGUGGAGAGAUGUCCAAAAUUGAGUGUGUCAUGGAUUGCUACAAUGGCCGGCUCUAAAGAAAGAGAAAAAGUUGUCAAGAUAGAGAAAAUGACCUUAAGAGGUUUUUCUGAGUUGAACCUCAUAUCAAGGGUUGGUCCUUCUCCAAGACAUAUUUUGAGUCUACAUUGUCUUCAACGUUUAGCACUGAGCAAUUGUAAAAACUUGAGUUCUAUAUUCUCAAUUAAUGUACAUAGAAGCUUACCAGAGUUGAUAUCCUUUCAAAUCUACAGAUGCCAUGAAUUAGAACAAAUCAUUACAGAAAAUAAAGAGUUUGUGCAGCUGUCUAAUACCGAUGUGUGGUUUCCAAAGCUACAAGAUAUAAAGGUUGUAAAUUGCAAAAAAAUGAAAACCCUUUUUUCUGUUGCUAUGAUUAGAAUGCUUCCAAAGUUAAGCUCUCUUGAAAUAUCCGGGGUCACUCAACUAGAAGAAGUUUUUAGGUGCGGCAAUGGUGACAACAAUAUCAAUGAUGUAGAAAUUGGACUUGCAAACUUAUCAACAAUAGAACUUCAUAAGCUACCAAGUUUUGUUGAUAUCUGCAAAGGUUUGAAGUUACGGUCUGCGAAGGUGAAACAUGUUGACAUAGUUGAAUGUCCUAAAAUUGAUCCAAGUUUGAGAGAAAUUCAGUUGCAACUAGAAGGAACAGAAGAUAAAAGGAGAAGACAAUUGAAGAUCUAAUCGCUAUACUCCCAAUUGUGAGAUAUCAAGAGGUACAAAUAAUCUAUUUUUUUUCUAAUAACUUUAUAAUCAGUAUAUAAACUCACGAGUCAUGACUAAACUCAGACAUACUAAUUGAGAAUAUGUUACAUUGUAAUUAACCCAUAAAGCAGUUACAUAUUACAUACAAUACAGCCGGAGUAUGAACAAUAUGGAUUGAGCUGCCAACCAGUACAUGAAAUUUUCCUUUCUGCAUGGAUGUUGUUUAAGGUGGCACUGAUGAUCAUUUUAUAAUUGUCUACAAAAAUAUUUAAACUUUUGCCCUUGAGUUAUAAGGUCAAACUCUUACCACUGAGCUGGCCUCCCGUGGAACGUUCAUGGUUGUUUUUGAUACAACCAAUUUUUUUAGUGCCAAUGUCACAUGGAAUUAAUUAUGGAGGUCCUUUUUGCUUUUGUUCAAUGAUCUAGUUGUGUACAAGCUUUGGUGAACUUGUGUCAUGAAAAUGUUGAAUUGCAUUCUCAAUAGCAGAUGAUGCAGGAUAGAAUUUUUUAAUAAUGUUUUAAAUGUUAUUAAAUGUGGGAAGGAAAAACUAUUAUUUAAGUGGCUCUAAUGGUCAUUUUAAAACUGUGAAGAUUUGAACUCUA